AUGGCGACCCACAAACGAACGCGGACCGGAUGCUGGACAUGUCGCGAAGCCGGCUACAAAUGCGACGAGCAGAAGCCGUUCUGCGGACGUUGCAUGAGGCUGAAGAUUACGUGCAAAGGGUAUGGCGUGAAGUUGAAGUGGCAGGAUGAUAACAUCGCUACUCCUGCGAAGAAACCGAGGCGCGCGAAGAGGAAGACAAAUCUUGAGCGGAGUGUGGUGAGAAGUCCUGGCUCGGUGGUUAGUUUUGCUUCUGGGUCCGGGUUUUCGACAAGUCCUAGGGACCAUGCUUCGCCUGGGUCAACGUACAGUCUUCCUUUGGGAAGCUUUGCAUCUACGCCCGGCCCUUUCACGAGUCCAAGGGAUUUUGUUGGGUCGCCUGCAUCGAUGCAUAGCUUUCCUAUAGUCGCGUCGCCUAGCUUUGUUAUCGACAUGUCGACGAGCGAUAGAUGGCUCCUACAGUACUGGGUUCAGCGGCUUUCGAGCUUGAUAUCAGUCGCACCGAGGAAGGACUAUGCUUCACCGUUCCAGCUUCACCUGACGGCCAUGGUACACGAUUCUUCUGCGCUUCGAUCGACAGUUUUGUCCAUGGCGGCGAAUCACCUCGCGCUGUCUUCCAACGACUCGUCGUGGAAGAUACAUGCUUUUCGACAUCAGCAGGAUGCCAUCCAUGAAUUGCAGGACGUCAUACAGGACCCAAAUUUGGCGAUUACGGAACCUGCUCUGGCAACCGUUCUGAUGAUGCAAGUAUCUGCACGUUUGUUCGGCGACGAUGACGAUGCGUCCGUUGCAAACCAUUUGGCGGGCGCGAAGGCGAUGAUCACGCGGCGUGGUAACCUGGAUAGCUGGUCCACUCCAUCGAGCACUAAGUUCCUGCUCAGCCUGUUUGCAUACCACGACAUACUGUCAUCAGUCUCUCGUGGCGCACGACCUUUGGCGGAUCAUGACACCAACUUCACGGCAGUCGAAGGCGAGCCAGAAAUGGAAAGUAUUGCCAAAGUCCUCCUGGCUGUCGCACGUAUCAGCCAGUUGCAACACGCCAUCAAAGCGCGGAAAACCGAUGUCAAUGAUAUGGCUUUGUCUGAGGAAGAGAACGCCACAGGACGAGAUAUACAGCAGAGUCUGUUAGCUAUGGAGUUUCCGAGUGGAUCGGGCACGACUUCAGAUAUCAACAGCACAGCUGAAGCAUACCGCCAUGCAGCUUUCAUAUACCUCUACCGCACCUGGCUCGACAUCGGUGCUCCUAAUCCCAUCAGCAUGGACCAUGUUCAACGCUGCCUGGAGUAUAUUCAACAAGUACAUGUGGACUCAUCGCUUACGUCUGCACAUAUCUGGCCUCUCUUCACUGCGGGCUGUGAAGCCAUUGAUAGCGCAUACCGCCAAUUUGUGCGCGAUCGUUUUGAAGAGAUGUAUACGUCGAAAAGAUUCCCUAGUUUGCGAAGAGUAAUGCGGGAUAUUGAAGAUGUGUGGGGUGCAAAGGACACGGAAGAGCAAAUGAAGGGUCAAGAUGGAAUGGCCAAAGUUGAUUGCAUUCAAGUCAUAUUGAAAAGAAGAGGACGAGAGGUCGAUUUAGCCUAG